GCGGGGGUUUGCAGUGAUUCCUCAUGGGAACCAGUCGACGGCGGCUCUUCUUCGAUUCGCUCGCAUCAAGCGAAGACUGCUGCGUCAUCCACGACGCCAGCGCGAUGCGUCAGUCAACUGUUCCACCACCUCCUGCAACCUCAUUGCAAGGGACCAGUGGAAGUGGGAAGAGGCGUCGGCUGGUAGAACCGCCAUCUGCCGCUAGGAAAAGCAGGCGUCCUUCACCUGUUGUGAUUGUGGCUGACUCGUCCGAAGAUGAUUCGUCGUACAAGUCGCCAGAACGGUCGGAUGUGCCAGCGUCGGCUUCGAUUCAUGUCAGCCCACGGCGCAUGCGUUCCCAAGAACUCACACGAGGCAUGCCAUCUCGCGCCAUUCCUCUGGACUUGAAAGAGCUCAACAUCAUCGACUUGACAUUGGACAACGAUUCAGAUGAAGCUGCGGACGACUAUCAAGACAGCGACCUCGGCAGCGACAUCGAUCAGCUCAGUCGCGACAAGACCGAGGCCGACGUAGUAGCAAGACGAAUCCAACGGGAAGUGCUCCUUGCGGGGGAUUUGUAUGUUGAUCUCACGGACGAGUCAGCCACCCCCAUGCUUGGGCAUUCCGAGGCCCUCAAGUACCUAGCUCAUGCCUACGAAGAAGUCAUUGAGGACGACAAGAACUUGUACAAACUGUCCGACGAUAUCGUGCGGACCGAAAUGGCGACAUGUGCAAACAUGUCGGACCUGGUGCGGCAAUCGUCGCAGGCAGAUUUGUUCCGCAUGACCACGUACGGCGAGAUGAAGGAGGAAGCGUUCUCAUCCACGAUCAUCCCGCUCCUGCAGCUCCGCGAAUCGGACGUAUUCUACGACAUGGGGUGUGGCACUGCCAAGCCCGUGCUCCAGGUGGCGCUGGAGACGACGUGCCGCGUGUCCAAAGGCAUCGAGUUGUUUGCGAACCGCGUUCGCACUGGCCGACGCGCCCUCCGCCGGCUCCGCAAGACCUGUCCAAAUGUGCUCCGGAGCAAAGAGGUUAUGAUCGUUCAAGGUGACAUCGUGCGACCGCCGAGCGACGCCAACCUCUUGGACGCGACCGUCGUCUUUAUCAACAACCUCGUCUUCACGGACGACCUGAUGCUGGCCGUGAUGGAGCAACUCCGACAGAUGCGCCAGCUCCGCCGCGUGAUUGUGUCCAAGAAGCUGUGCAACCGCCACAGCGUACGGCAAUGCGAGCACAGCCAGAGCGCGUGCAUGUUGUUUGAGCACCCGCCGCGAGAGGCCAAAGUCGAAGCGUCGUGGACGGCAAAGGACGUGUCUGUUUACGUCUAUGUGCGUGCCGGUUUUGACUCGUAGCUCGCGACGAUGCUCGCGCAUUCUCGACGAUAACAAGUCGAUCAUGAUACAGUCGUGUGCAUGCGUCAAGUUGACCGGGUGGUUCAAAAUGCAUUCGAGUAUUUGAGGA